CUAGCCUUGUACAGUUUGUCCUGCAGGCAGAAUGGGGAUGUGUGUGAGGUGGAGUUGGCUGCUGCUGGUGGUUCUGGUUUAUGGCUCAGGAUUGGUCAGUGCUGGGGAGCGUGUCUUGUUUAGGCGCCAGUCAGGUGAUUGGUGGAGGCAUCACCAGCACUCUGUGAGGGGCUCUCCUAGAGUGUCUCAUGUGGGGGCUGCUCAGCCAGUGUCUGGCCUGGGGUCUUCCAGACGGAUUGCUCAGCCAGUGUCUGGCCUGGGGUCUUCCAGAUGGGGUGCCCAGCCAGUGUCUGGCUGGGGGUCCCCUGUUAGGAAUGACGGGAGAGCUGCUCAGUCUAGACAGCUGGCACCAACCCAGAGCUCUCCUAUCAGUGUGCACUGUGGUGAGGACAUGAUGGUGGUGACUGUGACGAGAGACCUGUAUGGCAAUGGGAAGCUGGUGAAGGCCUCAGACCUAAGCCUUGGACCCCAGUCCUGCAGUCCUGGCACCCAGAGCAGUGAUACCAGUGUGGUCUUUGAGAUUGGCCUCCAGCAGUGUGGGAACGCAGUACAGAUGACCCCAGACUCGCUGAUCUACACAACCAGUCUGUCGUACAACCCAAAGCCCUCCAGCAGUGUCCCCAUUACCAGGUCCAACCCUGCCGUGGUCCCCAUCCAGUGCUUCUACCCCCGACAUGGUAACGUGAGCAGCAAUGCCAUCAAGCCAACAUGGGUUCCAUACAGUACAACUGUGUCCUCAGAAGAGAGGCUGUCCUUCUCCUUGCAGCUGAUGGCUGAUGACUGGAGCGCUCCCAGACCUUCCUCUGUGUUUGAGCUGGGGGACAUGUUCUACAUAGAGGCCUCUGUGGACACCCAGAACCAUGUCCCUAUGAUGCUAUUUGUGGAUAGAUGUGUGGCCACUCUGUCUCCUGAUGUCCAGUCCAACCCUAAUUAUGCUAUCAUUGCCUACAAUGGGUGCCUGGUGGAUGGUCAGCAAGAAGACUCCUCUUCCGCCUUCAUAUCCCCAAGGCCUGAGCCAGACAAGCUCCAGUUUGUGGUUGAUGCUUUCAGGUUCACUGGGAUAGAUGUCUCUCUGAUCUAUAUCACCUGUAACCUGAGAGCUGCUGCAGUCUCCCAGACCCUGGAUCCAUUGAACAAAGCCUGUUCCUACAGCAAAGCCUCUAGCAGGUGGCUGGCUGUGGAGGGCUCCAAUAGCAUCUGCCAAUGUUGUGACACUGGGAACUGUGCUGCCUCUGCUGGUCAAAGCCGGAGACUGGGUGCUGUGCAUGGGAGACCAAGAGGAAUGGGGAAGAGAGAAGUUGGUGCUCGCUCAGAGGAACAUGGACUGGUCACACUCGGGCCUCUUCUGGUGACCGGCACAAACGCUAAUCCAGCUCCUGGCACUGCCCUUAGUCAGGCUUCCAGAAUGACGGUGGAGUCCACGCCUCUAGAACUUUGGGUGCUGGUGGCCGUUGUAUGUGUCAGUCUGGCUGUUGGUCUGGUAUUGGUUGUGAAAUGUGUUGUAAGGAGAUUCUCUCACAAAGCAGCUGCACAGAAAUAAAAAGCUUCAGAAAACCA